AUGGCGACACCAUGCAGUGAUAUAGAGGCGCCUAGCGAUGUCACUAGUCGCGUGUGCAAGACGCCCACAUCACCCGAGGACGCGCCCGAGAUUGUCGACGACCCUGUGGCUCUCGAAGAGCUCGUACCCAAGAGUAAGCAACACACUGCAAGUGAUACAGCGAACGAGACUAUACAGGAGAACUCGAUUGCGAUGGACACAAUAGUAGAUUGUACAGAAUCUCUUGAUAUGGCUAAAGCAGCAAUUGUGGCCGACACCACAAAGGAUAGUAGUAACAACAUUGCAGCCGAUGUGGAUGUCAUGAUGGAGCUCGCGACGUACGACGAUGAAGACGACGAAUUUCACGAAGCCAUAAAUGAAGGCGUCGACCUGUUAGAAGAUGACACGUUUAAGCCUGCAGUACCUCCUACAAUGAGCUUUUCGAUGAACGAAAUGGAAGUUAUUACAAACCGUGAAGGACGCACGGGUAGUUUGUCCAAAUUCUUAGAAGACGCUGAUACAUACCGUCGUCGAUCAUUGCCGUCGUAUCCCGAGGAUCAACUGUUUGUUGGUUCGAUGAGUCGUAAGAAAAUGACUUUGACUGCAUUUCUUAGCAUGCAGAUUGAUCCCGUACUGGAAAUUCUAGAGGAUACAGACUCAGAUAUUCGACUUUGGUUAAUGGAGCCCGAUACAGUAAAAGAGGUACUUGCAGAGUUCAUUACGCCGCCGGUCCUAAGUGGUGAACCUCACGAAGAGUAUGGAUAUUACAAGAAGCAUUUUCUGUGCUCCGAAAUCAUCAUGAAAUUGUACACAGGCGAAGAAGAUCUGUAUGAGUCAUUUUCAUCGGAUUCGAGUUCCGGAUCAGUAGCAACGACGGCAGUUUUUGGAUGUCAGGAACAGGAGGAUAUUGACAAAUGGGAGCAUCUCUAUGCUAUUUUUCACAAUCCUGUCCCGUUAGAUGAAAUGCAGCUUCUAUUUUUUAGCAAAGCGCUCGUGCGACUACAUGAUGGUUUUUGUUUGGAAGAAGGAUAUGUAAACAAUGUGUUGAAACGUUUUCUGCCACUGGUGAUUCCUCAUUUAUACUCAAACACGAUCAAGUACAUGCUCACACUAAUUUUACAGAGUUAUGAGAGUGUUCAUCCAAUUACUGGCCGAAAUGAUGCGAUGGAAAUUGCUGCGCAGCUUCUUGCCAAUGCUACUCGUGUUGAUCCUUCCAUACCUGAGAAUUUGCCAUUGGUCGAAAACACUACGAAUUUAUUAGUUGAUAUGCUCCAAGCAAACCAAGCAGAUCGACUUGGUGCAUUUAGUCGUCGGGAAGGCGGUGUGUACCUAUCGAAAUACUUCGUGCGGGAUCAAUUUGGCACGAUUCGUGGCUUUGAGUCGAUGACGCAUGGGUAUCACAACUUUUUGCAGUAUAUGCUCUUGGAAGAGAUGUCCAAACAGCUAUCGAUUGUAGAUACACUAUUUCAGAACGCAACAGAUGAACUUUCGAUUAUUUGUGAAAAUAAACUGACUGAAGUCUCGAGCGCUCUGAACAUUCAUGUCAUCACGGAGCUUCUCGUUCUCUGCCAAAAGCUUCUUAACGAAAGCUCAGAAGGCGACGACGAUAAUCAAACUCAUGAAACGGAGACGCAAAAUUCGCUAAUGUUUGGAUACUCAAGCUUCCCAUCCGAGCAAUAUGUAAGCUCGCAAAAUGAUGGUGGAAAUGAUGCUUCGAUGUACAAUCUCACUUCUCUGCCUCGUGGUCACGUGCUCUGGACUUACGUGCUGGAUUUUGCUCGAAAGACGUGCACCACUUUCGUAACGCAUUUGAACAAGGGCCUUCCUUCGUCAGUGGAGAUUUCUCUGGCCAAGUAUCUUAACAAUCUUGUCAUGCUUAAUGACGCCAAUAUGAACGAAGAGUUACACAAGAGUGGUCUCAUUCAGACGUAUUUGUCUAUUCUUGAGAAUCGAUCGUCUUUUGACAUGCUCAUUAUUCACAUUGUCCCAGCGAUCUCAUUUAUUCUUCGUGAUGUUGAUGGUACUCGAGCAAAAAAUUGCCCACUUACGAAAGAUCUAUUUGGUGUUGAUAUCGAUGUCCCUGAAAAUAUAAUUACUCUCUUGCUGCGAGCCAAGAUUGAUAUUCCGACGCUGGACAUCUAUGCUGCCAUUUUGCACGAUGUGAUCGAUGAAAUCUUCUCGAAUCAGACACCGUCUCAAAAUAAUGCACAGGUAGUUUUUCAUUGCAAGCGCAAUCCUGCAUGGUCAAAGCUUUCGGAUAAGAUGCGAUUGAGCAGCGGAUCGGAAAAGUCAGAUUCGACUCCUGGAUCGGACGAACAGAGGGAUUCAAUGUCUAAAUCUACGAAAAGCGAGCAUAAUAGAGUGAUCGAGUCUACCAUGUCUAACGAAGGAGAAGCUGGCUUGGCGUCUGAGGCGCUGCUGUUGGAGACUUCAGUGACGGAAGACGCUUCAAAACGUCUGUCUUUAGGAACGCAAUCGACGACAAACACAGAGACGAGUUUUAUUUCGAAGGCCGAUGAUGAAACGGAGAAAAUCGAGGAGCCGCAAUCAGAUCCUAUCGAAAAUGAGGCUAGUCCUACAGUUCUGCCAUCGAUCACGGCUGAUACUGGGAUGAAGUUAGCAUCUUCAUCUCCAAAGUCAAAGGAGGACCUACCAAAGAAAUUAAAGGAUGAAACCGAGCCGACAAGAAUCAGUGACAAUGAUAGCUCACGCAAGUCGCACUAUUUCAAAAAUGUUUUGCAAUCACCAGUUUUCAAAUCACCAAUGCGCUUGGGUUCAGUAAUCAAGCCUCCACUGGCGCCUCCUACUCCAGACUCAGAGUCUUCGCAGUCAAACGGAGACAGCAACCAGCGCAACUCAUUUGGCUGGAAUAAUGUGUUUAAACGGCUGCGAAAAUCGUUAGUAACAACGCACAAUGACAAAACAGACAAAAAGGUUCUAGCGCUGAGCAACGAAGCGUACGCAUCUCCAAAUGUUGCUCCUCGUCAGACAGAUGUGUUUGUUGUCGAUACAUCUCGCGGUGAGGACAUUACUACCUUUGUUACCCGCGACGGUGGUGUCAUGGUCUCAGAUGUUUCGACUGCAUCGACUAAAUCAUCUGAUUCUACGAAGAAUGUUAUUACGGUUGGUUAUAUGUACAAGAACAAAUACCCCGAAACUGGCCACAGGAGUCAUUGGGAGCGAUACUACUUUGUUCUCAAUCGGUUUGAAGGUUCCUUAAGUUACUAUAUCAGCGAAGCUCAUGCAAAGGACCGAACGUUUGUUCGUGGAACGUGCCGCCCAUUGUCUGUUUCUGAGGGUCUUCCAAUGCACGUACACGGUCAGCACAAUGUAUUUGGUUUCCAGAUCAACACACAAGGGCAUGGCGCAUUUAUGGUAUUAGUCGACUCGAUCGAUACUCGGUUAACUUGGCUGACGGAAAUUUUAAUUUGCGUUUCGAACGCUAAUCCCUCGCUUCCACUAUUAAAGCAACGUCUGUCGCUUGUUUCUGACGACGCACCGAGACAACGCAUGUCAUUAACUACGAGCUCUAUUACCUCGCUUCGGUGCAACAAAGAAGAGAUGAAAGAGCUCGUGGUGGACUUUUAUAGCAAUUUGUUUGGUCCAAAUCUUAAAUUUUCGUCACCUUUGGACGCACCUGCAUCAUUUUGGAUGGAAGAAAAGAUCGACCCAGUGUCGGAUGAUUGUGUGCUCAGCUCCAAUUUGCCCGACCGAGUGCCGUACUGGGGGGAAUUUCACGGCUACAAACGAUUGUGCGACUACUGGAAGAUACGCGACGAAACAAUUGAACGGAGUAGCGGCCGUGUACUUCGCAUUUUAGUGGACGAAGACGAGGAGACUGCAGUAGUGAUGACAUCGACGACGUUUCGGAUCUUGCGGAACAGUGAAAUUGUGACAGAAGAGUCAUGUGACAUUGUCAGUGUCAGUGGCGGUAGUAUUGUAAGUAUUCACUGCACUUUCGAUUCGCAUCGUAUCGCCCAAGCUUUUAAAAAGGAGGGCAUUAGUGCGUCGUAA